GAGCCGAGGACAAUGCGCCCCGCGCUCGGCGCCCCCCGCGCGGCCCCGCCCCCCGCCCGGCUGCAGCCCCCGUUUCUUCGAGGCCGGAGCGGCUCGGGCAGCAGCAGCAGCAGCACCAGCAGCGGCACUGGCGGCGGCUCCGGCAGCAGCGCGGGCGCCGAGCGGGAGGACGACGACGAGAGCGCCAGCAUCAGCAGGCCACUGGUGCCCGCCGGGACCCCGGGGACCCCCGCCGCCUCCGCCGCUUCCACGCCCACCUCCCCGUGCAGCAUGACCGCCGCCGACCUGGGCGCGGGCGUGGUGGCCGGGGCCGUCGGGGGCGCGGGCGGUCCCGGCCCCGGCCCCUCCUGUCGUUCGUGCUGUGGCUGCUGCGGCCGCCCGUCCCGGCAGGGCCGCGGGGGCGGGAACCGCGGCUGCACCCUUGGCCCUGGCUGCCGCUGGGGCUACCAGGCUCUGUCCGUGGCGCUGCUUCUGGCGCAGGGCGGCCUGCUGGACGUGUACCUCAUCGCCGUCACCGACCUGUACUGGUGCUCCUGGGUCGCUACCGAUCUGGUAGUGGCGGCGGGCUGGGCCAUUUUCUUCGCCAAGAACAGCCGGGGCCGUCGGGGCAGCCCACACGCCCACCACCCGCACCACCCGCACGUCGCGCCCCUGCACCUGCCCGCCGCCCCUGCUGCCGCUGCCGCUGCUGGGGCUGCGGGCGCCAAGGUGCGCGGCGGCCGCGGGGGCGCUGGCGGCCCGGGGCCCGCGGGGACGGCGGGGGCGGCCGGUGAGUUCGCCUUCGCCUACCUGGCCUGGCUCAUCUACUCCAUCGCCUUCACGCCCAAGGUGGUGCUCAUCCUGGGCACGUCCAUCCUGGACCUCAUCGAGCUGCGAGCGCCCUUCGGCACCACGGGCUUUCGCCUCACCAUGGCUCUGUCGGCGCCGCUACUCUACAGCCUGGUGCGGGCCAUCGGCGAGGCGGGCGCCGCCCCUGGCUCCGCGGGCCCCCUGCUUCUGCAGCCCCAGCAGCACCGCGCCGCCGGCUGCUUUCUGGGCACGUGCCUGGACCUGCUGGACAGCUUCGCCCUGGUGGAGCUGAUGCUGGACGGUCGUGCGCCGCUGCCCGCGCACCUGCGCUAUCUGCUCAUCGCCGUCUACUUCCUCGCGCUCGCCUCGCCGGUGCUCUGGCUCUACGAGCUCCACGCCGCAGCAGCCGCCUCGCCUCGGGGCCGGGCCUCGCGGCCCGGCAGCUGCAGCCGCCUGCUGCGCCUGCUGGGCGGCUGCCUGGUGGACGUGCCCUUGCUGGCGCUGCGCUGCCUGCUGGCCGUGAGCUACCAGCAGCCGCUCUCCGUCUUCAUGCUCAAGAACCUCUUCUUCCUGGGCUGCCGCGGCCUGGAAGCCUUGGAGGGCUGUUGGGACCGGGGGACCCCAGCGUCCCCAAAUCGGGCCCGGGCGGGCUAUGGUGCUCCACCCUCUGCCCCUACCACGACCGGAGGCCCCCAGCUGGCCCACUGCAUCUCAGAGGAUGAGGGGGGCGCCCACGGCUAUGUCAACACCCUGGCUGUGGCAUCCCAGAAUUGAGGGGUCUGGGAGGCUUGCUUUGGGGUUGGGAGACCCCGCUGCCGGUCCUCUGACCUUCUGUCACCCAACUGGAUCAGUCUCUGGGAGAGGUGACUGCUAAUAGGGCUAAGGGCCAGGGCGCCCUUUAGAACCCCUCCGGUCAAGACUACUUGGAGCGGACAGCUGCUAAGGAGAUGGAGAGCGGUCCGUGGACUCUCUUCUUCCUCUCCUGCCCUUCCUUCCCUAAUCUUUGCCUCCAAGGGGCUGGUGCCUCUGCUUCUGGCUUUCCCCACCUCACCUUAGUUCCUCUCCUUUGUGGGGGAGAAUAGAGGGAAAGGGGUGCCCAGGCAGGGGGUGCUGGGCCCUGGGCCACCCUGUUGCUUGGAUAUGCCAGCUUCUUUUAGGCUGUGGUUAGUAGUCAUUGCCCCAUGCCUUGAAAUUGACCCAGAAUCCACCCCCGCCAUGUGUCGGUUGCAUUUCUUCCAGAUGGUGGAUGCAAAGUCUGCGUGUGUGUGUGUGUGUGUGUGUAUUUGCGUGUGCUAUUUCCUUGUGUCUACCCCAUGCCCCUCACAAUCAGUAGGAGCUCUGGGGAGUCCCUGCCCUCCCCACCACACACUCCUCAUUCCUACCUGAAUCUGGCCAUGAUCUCCCAAACAGAGCUGGGCUCUGGGGCUGCCCGCUGCCCUCUCUGAGGGGGAAGCUCACUGGGACCUUCCUCACUCCCACUCCUCUCCCUCAGCCAGGGGAGCGGAGGUCCAUACUCCAAGGACCAAACUACACCCUUUCUGGGGUGAGUGCGUGUUUCUACCUCUGUGCUUUCCACUUCCGCUGCAUCACACGCUGAUGCUGCUUUUGCAAAAAUAAAGACAAAUACUCAGAUGUUGCAUUCCCCGUGGCCACCAGAUCCAGUUGAGGUUUGGUGCCAGUGUCAUUACAGGGUCUGUGGAGGGUCAGCCAUCGGCUGCCCUCCCUCUUUCCCUCCCUCUGCACCCACAGCCCUGUCCUUCCUGAAGUUUGUUGCCAGCUGGUCAGAUCUGGGCUCAAAAGAACAGCUUUGGUGGGGUUCCUGGAUAGAUGUGGGGGGGGGUUCCCAUGGGCCCCAGGGAGCAGGCAAUACCGCUUCCCACCUAGGAAUGCCUACUUCCGCCCUCUAGGAAGCCUGGUGUGACCUGAAAAGGUGGUGGUGACCUGGUGCUCUGCUCUGGUCACAAGUGUCUAGGGAAUAGAUGCCUGCAUGGAGUGGGCAGGCAAGCCAUAUCCCGCCCAGCCUCUUUCCCUGGUGUUUCUUACAUUGAGGUUAAUGACAGGUGGCAUCCAGGGAUUAUUCUUGAUGUAGGGCCUCUCUUGGCAUCUUUGUGGCAGGGCGGGUAUUUUUAGGGGUGGUGAGAGUGCAGGAGGGGCCUGGGAGCUAGGCCGGGGGCACUCGCUCUCCUCUACAGAGGAAGGAUGGGGUGGGGGCAGUUUGGAAGAACCCGUGUUUCUCCCCCUCCUUGUGCCUGAGGCGCUUUGCAUGGGUGCAGAGCCCCGGACAAAGGGCCCGGAGUCAUAGAUUGUAGUGUUGACUCUGUCACCCACCAGCUUUGAGGGACACAUCGCUUUAGCUUUCUUGCCUGGGGCCCCUCUCUCUCACCCAGCUUCCUGGGUGCUUGUCCACAGCAGGCAGACAAAGAGCGGCUGGUGGCCUGCGACUCCUGCUCUGGUGUGGGGAGCGGGAGGAGAGUGCGUGUGCUCCCAGCCCCGCCCGCCAGGCCCCACAUCAGCGGGUUGGAUUUUGCAACUAACUGUGUUUUGCUGCCUUCUCUCCCUCCCCCAGGACGCCUCUUCUUUCUCUUUGAAGUCCAUGGGGUCAAAGUUCUGGGGCCCAGACCCUGGGGGCCCCCGAGAGCUGAAUCCUCUCUCCAGCUUUGCUAUUUCUCUGCUACCUAACCUCAGUGACUGAGCAGGACUGUGUCUGAGCCAUGGCCGGCCCGGCUGGCCCCUGCCCCACCCCCUUUCUCCAACUGUUUGAACGGUGGUCUCCCUGCUGAGUGACUGGCUGUGACAUCUCAAGGCUGGUGGGUGUCCCGCUGGGAGGCUGUGAUGGCUUCCAGGAGAUGCUAUUUCCCAGGUAUGUUGAGAGGCUGGUGGCACCGGCUGACUCUGGCAGAGGCCCGUUCAGGCCCGGCUGCCGGACCCACUCUCCCUGGACAGACGUCCCCUUUCCGACACUUGGUGCCAGCACUUGUGCUCAGGGGGUCAGCCCCUUCCUUUUGGUGUGUUUUUCUUGAGUCCUUUUUCUUACUUUCCUUGUCCCAUUCACAACAAGAAAUGCCUCGAAAGGUCCUUUUUCCUUGUUUUCUAGGGGCAUCUGUAGCGCGGGGUCAAACUGGAGGUGCUGCCUGUAGGUCUAGCAGACAGGAGGUGUGCCAUUCGCCCAGGUCCGUGACCACAGCCCCGGGCACAGAGUCGAAGCUGGGGUCGGAUCCCAGGCUGCCUGCCGUGGUGCGUCCUCCCCGGGGUCUCUCACUCCUUCCAGGACGGGGCUUGGACUGGACCCUCUCUGAGGAUGGUUACAGUCGGACCUGCCCUCGCUCCCGGUCCCUGUGAUUUUGUGGAAGACAGCAAGUUGGCAGUCGGAGCCUCAAGAAUGGAAGUGGCACCUCGCUAGCAUUUAUCACUUUUUUUUUUUUAAAUCCCCGUCUCUUUUUAAAAAUAAAACCAGCUUCUGUUCUGAAAAUAAAAAACUUGAGACUUGUGACAAGCUU